CGAUUAAUAUUAUUUGUUGUCUUUAUCUAGAAAUCUUAAAUACAUAGAGAAACAUUAAAUACAUAUUGUAAAAAGUAUCCCUAGAUGAAUGAAGCAAUGAAUUCAUAACUAGAUUUCUUUGGACAUUUUAGAUGUAGUCUUCUUAUUUCCUAAGAUAUCAAAUGGCCUCUGUUAAAGUCGCAGUUCGAGUUCGGCCAAUUAAUAAAAGAGAACGAGAUAUGAAUGCUUCUAUUAUCAUAAAGAUGAAUGGGAAAAAAACUUCGAUAACAAAUCCAUCAGUGGAAAAUGAUAUUAAAGACUUCUCUUAUGAUUACUCAUAUUGGUCAGUUGAUAGCAACAGCCAUAACUUUACAAGCCAGCAACAGGUGUUUGAAGAUCUUGGUAUGGAUGUUAUAGAUUCAGCAUUUCAAGGGUACAAUGCUUGUAUAUUUGCAUAUGGGCAAACUGGUGCUGGAAAGUCCUACAGCAUGAUGGGAUGUCCAGAUGCUGUUGGACUUACACCAAGAAUUUGUGAGUCUUUAUACUCACGAAUGGCUACUGACCAAGCAGACAAUAAAAACAAAGUUGAAUUUAAAACUGAAGUAAGUUACUUGGAAAUCUACAAUGAGCAUGUUCGAGAUUUACUUCGACCAACAACAAAAAAAGAUGAUUUUAACUUAAAGGUUCGUGAACAUCCAAAAGAUGGUCCUUAUGUUCAAGAUCUAAGUAAACAUCUAGUGACUAAAUAUAGUGACAUAGAGAAAUUAAUGGAUAUGGGAAAUAAUACCAGAACAACAGCCUCUACCAAUAUGAAUGACACAAGUAGUAGAUCACAUGCUAUUUUCACAAUCAAUUUUACUCAGGCUAAAUUUUAUACAGAUAUGCCUAGUGAAACAGUCAGUAAAAUUCAUCUUGUAGAUUUAGCUGGAAGUGAACGAGCAAAUUCUACUGGGGCUAGCGGUCAACGAUUAAAGGAAGGGGCUAAUAUUAAUAAAUCACUUGUCACAUUGGGAAGUGUUAUAUCUGCAUUAGCUGAAUCCUCAAACAUGGAUAUAAGUAUUUCAAAAAAGAAGCUUUUUGUACCUUACAGAGAUUCUGUAUUGACUUGGUUGCUGAAAGAUAGUUUGGGUGGAAACUCUAAAACUAUAAUGAUUGCAGCCAUAUCUCCAGCAGACAUAAAUUACUCAGAAACUAUUAGCACAUUGCGUUACGCUAAUCGUGCUAAGAAUAUUAUAAACAAGCCAACUAUUAAUGAGGAUGCAAGUGUGAAGCUUAUCCGUGAUCUGCGCGAAGAAAUUGAAAGCUUGAGGAGGUUACUUCAAAAUGUUGAUAAGAGUUUACUUACACCUAACAGCAGAAAUGAGGAAAAACUAAUGACUGAAAAGUUACAUAAAAAUGAAGCACAAGUCCAACAGCUAUAUAAAGAUUGGAAUAAUAAAUGGAAAGAAACUCACAAAAUAAUGGAGGAAAAAGCUCUUGCAUUUAGGCGUGAAGGUUUUGGUAUUAAAAUGGAAUCUGAGAUGCCUCAUCUUAUAUGUAUUGAUGAUGAUAUUCUCAGCACUGGAGUUACUUUAUAUCAUCUUAAUGAAGGUCGCACUCAUUUAGGAACAGAUGAUGCAGCUGUUAAACAGGAUAUAGUUUUAAGAGGUCCUGGUGUUGAGCCCCAACAUUGCAUACUUGAAAGUAUUGAAGGGAAUGUAACAAUUCAUCCAAUAGCAGAAGAAAAUUAUGUAAAUGGAAAAAAAGUAACAAAGCCUCUGAGAUUGACUCAAGGAGCCGUUCUUCUUCUUGGUAAAACAAAUAUGUUUAGAUUUAAUCAUCCUAGUGAGGCUGCCAAAUUGCGUCAAAAGUAUGCCUCUGUUGAUAAUCUUGCAUCAUUAGUUCCUGAAAUUAAAGAUCUAGACCAACCUUCUUACUUGUUUUACAAUGCAGGCUUAGAAAUGGAAAGGCGAUAUCAUGAAGAAACAAAAGAUUUAGAAAAAAAAAGGAAAGAAAUAGAAGAAAAGCAAGCAGAUGAUGCUAAAAAACUUGAACUUGCCAGGUUGGAACUUGACAGUCUGCAUAAUGAAAGGAAAAUUGUUGAAGAGGAGCAGCAUCGAAAACUCCUGGAGUCUGAAAAACGAUUAGAAGAUCAAAAAAAACUUCUCGAUCGCUUAAAAGAGGAGCAAGAACGAGCUCGAGAAAAUGCACAACGAGAACUUCAAGAACUCAAACUUCGAAUUCAACAGGAGCAAGUUUAUGAAAAACAAAGAAUGGAUGAAGAAAUGAAGCGUUUAAUGUUGUUGAAAGAAAAAUAUCUUCUUUCCACCAAAGUGCAAGAAGAUAACUUAGCAAAACAUAAAGAAGAGUUGGAGAAGUCUUUAAUUGAAGAGCGUCAAAAAAUUGAAGAACAGCGUCAAGAAGUUAUUAGACUGCAGCAGGAAUAUGAAAAAAGUCGAGAAUUUGUUGCUGAAAUGCUUGAAAAUAAAAACAUCAAGUCUACUGCAAUUGAUUGUAAAGAAUCCCUUAAAGCUAAUGAGUUAAGAAUACGACUGAAGAUCCUUGAAACUGAAUAUGAAGAAGCCACUAAAGCUUCUCAUAUUGAAAUUUCCCAAGCUAAAGAAAACUUGCAGCGAGCAGAGCAAGAUACAUUAGAAGGUAAAGUUGGAUUAAUGCAAGGAAAAUCUGAACUGCAACGACAAUGGAAACUUUUGGAGGCCUUGCAAACAAAACAUAAGAAACAUCAAGAAGAAAUACAAAAGAAGAUAAAAGAUAUAAAAAUUGAGAUAGAGAUAGCGGAAAAAGCAGAGGAAGAAGAAUUGAUAAGUCAUGAACAAACUGUAAUAGAACAAAGACAAGCUCGCAAAAAGGUAGAGGAAGCUACUAAAAAACUAGUUGAAAUGGAAUCAAAAAUGAAGCGAGUUAACAGCAUUACAGAAAGAAGAGAAGAGUGGAGAAACAAUGAAGAAGAGGAUGAUUUAACUGAAAAAAGAAAAAUAUUUAUGGAAUUAUUAGGAAAACAUCAGUUUGCAUUACUGAAAGCUUCCCAAUUAGUUAGUGAGACAAAAACCAAACUGGAAAAUCAUUUGGCAAAUGAAGCGGCUCUUGUUGUUCCAAUUCGCAAGCAAAUUGAGAAAUAUGAAAAAGAAUUAGAACCUCUACUUAAACAAGAAGCGCUCAUUGAGAAAGAAUGUCAAGAUUUAGAAAAGGAAGCAACUGAAAAAAAAAAAGUUUUAUACAAACAGCGAAAACGUAUUAAUCUCCUGGAAAAGCAACAUGCGCAGGAAUCAGGUAACGAAGGUCGGGAAGGUUUAUCACCAGAAGAAAACGAAGAUUUAGAUCAAGAAAAAGAUGCUGAAAUGGACCUAAUUUUGCGCGAAAAAUCUGUGUUGCGAGAACUUGAAGAAAAAUACCGAAACGAACAAAAGCAAAUUGAAACAUAUAUGAGCGAAAAAUAUAAAUCUAUCGAACGGCAAAAAGAAGCUAUUGUCACUGAUUUAGAAAUUGAACGUAAAAAAUUGUCGGAAAUUGUCACAGUACAUGCAGAAACAAGAGAAUUUAUAGAGGCCGAAUUAAAUGGUCGUGAAGAAAUACUAAAACUUUCUAAAGAAAAAGUUAUAAAAGACAAACGUGAACUUGCUAAACUAGAUAUGAAAUAUAAAAAAAGAACUUCAAUUGGUGCUGAAGAAUUGUUUAUGAUGGCCGAAGUUUUAGAAAAAGAAUUAGCGGAUAGCGGUAAAAAAGAAGAAUUAAACAAAAUUAAAGAUCAUAGAAAAAAAUUACAAGAACUAGACAGACAAUUAAAGUUAGCGGAGCAGCGCGAGAGAUCGGCUGAUGCAACAGGGACUUCAGACGAAGAAAAAUGUACGCUUUUAUAGUUUUAUCGGCUUAGAUUCUGGCUUUAGCAUUUCGAAUUUUUAUAAGUUCAUCUUUUUUUUAACCAUUACACUGUAUGCUAUCACGAACGGUUUGUUUUUUAUUAUAGUCUGCAGGCAACGUUUAAUUUCUAAACUUAGAUUUUCAAUUUCAAUUUGCCUUAAGUGUUCAAUUAAAAUUAAGUUAUUUAUUUUGAAAAUUAUUUUUUUGAUGAGUGGCUGGUUUGUUAAUUUUGUUAUAUAUUUGGUCUCAAAUUAUUGGCGACGUGUAUAAUAACGGCAACAUUUUUUAAUGAUUUUUUGAUAUUUAGAUUUAUAUUAUUUUCAUACAUCUAACAAAUAUAAAGCUACAUUUUAUUUAUAGAUACAUGUAUUUUCAUUCAAAA